UAAUUCCAUAAUUCAAUAUUACUCAAGGUAAUUCAUUGAUAUACUUUAUUUGAAAAACUAUGAGUUACCUUAAAAAUUCAAAAAAGGAUGUUUCUUUGAUACAAAUUUGUUCAUUAAAUGUGAAUUAUGUAUAUUUUUCAUAGAAUUAUAUACUGUAAAAUAAUUUAAUUACUCUUUGCUGCAGCAUACAAUUUAUUUAAAUAUGGCACUUGCUUAUUCUGGAUUACUAAUUACUAUUUUUACAACUUGAAAAAACUAUUAUCAAGCUAAAAUUUAGUAAUUGCAGUUAUUUUUGAACUUAAAGUAUUAAUGAUGAUUUGGAGCAACUGAGUAAUUUGCUAGUGCAAGUAGAGUAUGCUUGGUCAAUAUGAACACUAAAAUAUAAAACUAAUAACUAUUAAUGUUUUGACAGUAAAUAAUUCUUUUCCAACAAAUUUGUGUCAUAAACUUAUUACAUGUAGCAUUUCAAAACAGCUCAUAACAUUUUUUUCUGAUAGUCUAAGAAAUUCAAUUAAUGAUUGUGUUGGGUGUCCCAGCAAUUUUAUCUAUCGAUCGAUAGUGUAAUACUAUAACAAUUUAAAACUUGACUUACAUUACACAACAUCAUACAAAAACACUAAUUACCAUUUGGAAAUUUCCCAUAAAAUGGUAAUUAAUUUUGAUAUAAAUUAUAAAUAUUUGAAGAAAGAAUGUUGGAGCCAAGCAAAUGACACUUAUAUCUACGUAAAUUUUGCAUGCAGUGUUAAUACAUUUUUUAAAAAGAACUUUUACCUUUGGCAUUAAUUAAAGUCUAAUGUAAAGAUAGAGAAGGGCCUUUGUAAUUGAUGGAAAUUCAUCCCUGAUUAAAAAAAAUUUGUACUACCCAACACUCACCUUUAAUUACAAUGCAACAGUUUUAUGAUUCUGAACGAAUUCGGGAUAACAUUUUAUUAAUGAAAAUGCGAGAAAUAUUUACUUAUUUUUACUUUUAUUCUGUUAAUGGCUUUAAAAUUGAUAUAUAUCAUUUCCAUUACUGGAUAAACAAGAUCACAUGCGUAUAGUUAUCAAUUUUAUCUAAACAAGAAUACUGCUUAUAAUAAUACGUAAUUUCCACGAAAUAUCGGCGAGUAAAAUAAAAUACUUCCCAACAUUUAGAUUAAAUUUAAGUGCUGUCGAGUACCUAUGUAGUUUAUGAAAGGCUCUUCUCAUAAAACAUGUUCUGAAAACUUUACAUAGUGAUUCUUUCUUACCAACUAAUUAUUUAUGAUUUAUUUUAUCAAAUACACAAUAUGAAUUGCAAUUUCCCCAGUAUUCUUGUGAUAUUUGAGAAUGGUUUCGUGCAUAUUGAUGUAAAUAGAAUAUUAUUUUAUAUAAUUGAAAAUUAAGGGUUAAGCAUUAUAAGUUCUACUUUAUCGAUUGUCUGCGUUAUGCAAAGCUCCAAAACCACGAGUGAGUUUUUGGAAAUUAUUAUAACUCAAAAGUAUACCAUUAUUCUUAUAAGAUUGUAGAAUUUUAAUCAAGAUAUUCUUAUCAAAAUGUAUUUUUUUCAAAAUCGUUCUCAGAACUUGUACUAUUACUUAUCCAUAAGAAGAGGAUUAUUACAUGAAAAAUUAAAUUAGAAUUUUUUCACGAAGUUUCCGUAUCAAUCUGUUUAAGCAGAUAAUUUAUUUUUUUAUUUUCUUCAAUAUAACUUUCAGGGUAAUCAAAAUUAUCGAUAUAUAUGAACCACUAAUUAGACCCAAAAUGUGAACCUAAUGAUCAUUAAAAUAAUAUUAUUUAUCACAACUGUAUUUUCUAACAUCUAGCAACGUUACCUUCAAAUAAUAAUUAUUAAUCUUUUAAUUUUAUCAUGUUGUCGAAACAAUGAACUGAUUAGUCAUAUUUUGCUGGUAGUUGAUUAAUUUUUUCAUUGUCAGCGAAUACAUCAUUUAAAAAACUGAAACCGUCAACCCAUCUUUAUGAUUUACUUUGGAAAUUCCUAAUAUUUACAUUUCAAUACUUUCAUUCUAAUCAAGUUUUUUCAAGUCGACUACUUCUAACAUCGAUAAUUGUCAAUUAAAAGAACUUUUGAAUGAAUUAUCAUGAAAAAAGUAGGAAUUUGCAUUUUCCUGAUUCGUCAAAUUCACUUCUUCGUAUUGUGUGUUGAAUUAAAUUCUCUUCAGAAUCACGUAAGAUACAAAGUUUUCAGAAAAAAUUAAGCAAACGUGUCGCUUACUAUAUCAGUACAAACAUGCUUUUGUAAAGACUUUUUGUUGAAUAAUUGAGCAUUUUUUUAAAAUUAUUGGCGUAGUUGUACUGCUUUGGUAGUUUUUUCAUCUCUCGACCACAUAAACUCUUGUGUCAUAUUUCAUUCAUCACUUUAUUAAACGUUUUUGAUUCUUAACUAGUGAAAAAAGAAUAAGAGAAAAUCAUUGUCCAAUGCGAGGACGCAGAUGAGAAUACACGUAUUAAUUCGUGUAUAAAUAUACGAUACAUUUUCAAUCAAAUGAAUUCUACUGUAGAUCGAAUGCAUUUAAUUAUGAAAAUGAUGAUAAUGUCUAAUAAGGCAAUUGAAGUAUGUUGGGUUAUUGUGGUCGUCGUUUUUUUUACACCUUUUUUAUUAUGAAUAUAGCAAAAAUAUUUUAAGGUUUGAAGUCAAAAAACCUUUACUUUUCUAAUAAAAAAUUGCACGUUUAUUCGACUCUCUAUAAUCGUUAAAAUAAGACCUAAAAAUAUUUUAUGAAAUUUUCAAUUUGUGUUUUCUAAAGUUUUCGCUUAAUUUGGCGAAUCAUCUUACGCUCUGUUAUAUGCAAGGGAGCAGUCGUCCUUGUGAAAGAAGGAGCUGUUAAAAACUGUAUUUUCUUCAAUGGUUUGAACUAUUCGUUUAAAAUCAUUUAUUUUAUUGUGCUCCAGAACUCGAAAAAUGUAUACGUCUCUCUUGCAUUGAUUUUUGUUUGAUCAUUUGAAACACGCAUUGUAGAUAAGUUAUGUAUCAUUUUUGAAAUCAUAAUUGUUACUUUUUUUGCCUGAAAGUACUUGAUGAUGAGCUUUUUUUGUUUAUACUUCUUGACACGUUUGUGGUCAGGUGUGUUGAUUAGAAAGCUUGCAAUAGUUUUGAGUAAAAAAGCAAACAAACAAAAAAGAACAAAACUAUCGUAUACCAAUGUAAGAAGUUGCAUCAUGGAAAAAAAUCGGGACUGGACUGUGUGUAUAUAAUGGAUAGGUCAGACGUCCUUGGACGGCGAGGCUGGGAGUCCCGAUCGAAGUCCCGAGACGCCGCCAAAUACACCUGUAACGCCGUGUUUUAAAUCAAUGGCUGGCUGCAGUGGCGGUGGCACCAAGGACGGAGAUCAUCACACGCACCCGCACCACUGGAAGGAUCAUCUGCAGGAUCUACCAGACAGUCUCGAAUCGGCAAAUCUCAUAGGUCAGCAGCAUGAGCCUCAGCAGUCGUUUAAGCAUUUGUCCGAGAAUCACGAGUAUCAUCAGUCGGACGAUAGUAAUCAAAGUUGCCAGGCGCCCCAUGCUCAUCGUCCGCCCAAUCAUCAGCAUCAUCAUCAUCACAGUCAUCUGCAUCAUCAUCAGCACCACCAUCAGCAUCAUCAUCAUCAUCACCAUCACCAUCAUCAACAUCAGCAUCAUCAUCAUCAGGAUGGUGCCAGUUCGCAUGCAGGUAUUAGUAUCUGCGCGGCUGAGACGCGAGGAUCUCACGACUCGUCGUCGUGCUACCAAUCAUCGCACUGGUGCGUUUCGUCCUCGGCGACCUCGACGCCGUCGCCGCGUCAAAGUCCGAGCUCUUGUAGUCCCCCGUAUUCGUGCUCGCCCGCUGGCUCGUCUCAGAGCUGCAGCAGCGGUGACGAGCAGCAGCAAAACUGCUUAAAAAAAUCAACGAACCGGCGUCGGAAAAACAGCCAACAACUUCGGCUGCGACGUCGACGCCAGCAGCAACAACAGCAACGCCUUCAGCCAUUGUCGUCGUGCGCAUCCUCGCUCGCAACGGUCAGUUCGGACGACGACAAUGAUCAGCAGCAGCGCCAGCCGACGGCUUCUUCCACUGCCGAUGCCAAUAUGCAAGAGCAAGCGGCUAGCAGUUUACCUAAUCCAGGUGGACUCGACUGAUUAUGUAUUUAUGCGGCUGUUUCUGCACCAACCCGGUCAGGGACGGCUAAUUUAAACGUUUUUUUGAGGUGAGCUCCCCUAAUCCCGAGAAAAAUCCCAAUGACUUUUUUCUUUGUGAAUCGGUAAACACAAUAACACGACAUCAGUUGCGUAGUAAAAAUGAAAGGAAGACUGUACGAAAAAAUUUAGGAUUUGGAGACUAAUUCGAUCCGUUAAUGGAUAUUGUAAUCAAAUUUUUUUCGCGAAAAAAAUCGUUGACUUAUCGAUAAGGUAGAACAAAAUCAGGCCGUAGAAUAAUUGCUCCAAUGAGAAAUUGUGAACAAUGUGACUAUACACUUACAUCUCACAAAAACCAUCAAAAACACAAAAACUCAUUGCGAAAACAACAAUGACAUGACACAUGUAAUAUUUAUUUAUUAUUAUGAGUUAAUAUACAAAUCGAUCGGUACAUGGGACUCCUUCACAUGAAAGGACCAAUUUUGUAGCAUGCUUUAACAAUUUAAAAAUUAUUUAUUAAGCAAAUGACACAACAUUAUUAUGAUUAAUCUUAACAUGUAUAACACUUUGGAUUUCACUUUUCAAUUUCCGCAAACUUGGGCAUUAAUUAAUUACUUUGAUUUUUUUUGUAGAUAGAUAUAAAAAUGCAAUACUGCAUGAAUUAUUUGCUUCACUUAUUGAUAAAAUCAUAUACAUUUAAUACACGAAGUAAACUUUUUUUAAUGGAUCUCAUACGUUUUUUUACAUUCGUAGGAUAAACGAUAACCAACAGUAAAAUAUUGUAUUGGCAAUAAAUUUUGCUUCAUUGGAUAUUUUGAUUUUAUUUAUGUUUGAAUGUUUCUUUAAGGACACAUUACAAAAGUAAUUUUUGUUUUUUUUUUUUGAUUUUGAUCAUCGCCAAUCGUAGAUACAAUUAUUUUCAACACUACAACGCAUUCAAUAAAACACGCACUGAUUCACUCAGUUUUACCUAAUUUGAUUUUCAAAAUGAAAAUAUAUUGCAAGAGAA